AUGACGAUCAAAACAUAUGACAUGUUGAAUCCACAAGAGCGAAAAUUUCUUGAAGCUGCCGAACUGGGUGAUAAACCGACUAUUGCUUCAUGUCUAGAACAGAGGCACCAGUUGCCACUGAAUGUCAACGCUGUGGAUUGCAUGGGCCGUACGGCCAUUGAAAUAGCCGUGGACAAUGAAAAUAAUGAGCUUGUAGAAUUGCUACUGCAGCAAGAUGGUAUCCGCAUUGGCAAUGCAUUGCUAUGCGCCAUCCGUGAAGGUAUCACAUCAAUAGAUUACUCUUGA